AUACGGAUAUCUUGGCAGUGGGAAAACUAUGCCAGCUUUGAAAGAAAACAGCUCAGAGGUAGUUCAGCCUUUUCUAAUGGGUUGUGGAACGAAGGAACCAAAGAUCACUCAGCUAUGCCUAGCAGCAAUACAAAGGCUCAUGUCCCAUGAAGUUGUCUCAGAGGCUGCAGCAGGAAACAUCAUUAAUAUGCUUUGGCAACUGAUGGAAAAUAGCCUUGAAGAACUUAAGUUGCUGCAGACAGUUCUUGUACUUCUAACAACCAAUACAGUUGUGCAUGAUGAAGCACUGUCCAAG